AUGCUGAAGAGGCCAAGAAGAAGGAGGCCGACUCAAGAUCUCCAAGAAGGGGAGGAGAAGGCCAAGCAAGAAGCCGGAGCCAAGGCCAAGCAACAAGAAGCCGAGGCCAAGCAGGAAGCCGAAGCCAAGGCAAAGGCUGAUGCUGAAGUGGCUAAGAAGAAGGAGGCCGACUCCAAGAUCUCCAAGAAGGAGGAGAAGGCCAAGCAAGAAGCCGAAGCCAAGGCCAAGCAAGAAGCCGAAGCCAAGGCCAAGCAAGAAGCCGAAGCCAAGGCCAAGCAGGAAGUCGAAGCCAAGGCAAAGGCUGAUGCUGAAGAGGCCAAGAAGAAGGAGGCCGACUCCAAGAUCUCCAAGAAGGAGGAGAAGGCCAAGCAAGAAGCCGAAGCCAAGGCCAAGCGGAAGCCAGAAGCCAAGGCUAUGGCUGAUGCUGAAGAGGCCAAGAAGAAGGAGGCCGACUCCAAGAUCUCCAAGAAGGAGGAGAAGGCCAAGCAAGAAGCCGAAGCCAGGGCCAAGCAAGAAGCCGAAGCCAAGGCCAAGCAGGAAGUCGAAGCCAAGGCAAAGGCUGAUGCUGAAGAGGCCAAGAAGAAGGAGGCCGACUCCAAGAUCUCCAAGAAGGAGGAGAAGGCUAAGCAAGAAGCCGAAGCCAAGGCCAAGCAGGAAGCCGAAGCCAAGCCUAUGGCUGAUGCUGAAGAGGCCAAGAAGAAGGAGGCCGACUCCAAGAUCUCCAAGAAGGAGGAGAAGGCCCAAGCAAGAAGCCAAGGCCAAGCAAGAAGCCGAAGCCAAGGCCAAGCAAGAGAAGCCGAAGCCAAGGCCAAGCAUGGAAGCCGAAGCCAAGGCAAAGGC